GGCCAUCGAGUCAUCUGUCACAUUCAUACAUUACAAAAAGCUUAAAUAAAUAAUACUAAUGUUUUGAAAUUGAAACAAAUUAGUUUUAAUGAUGGAAGAUUACGAUAGUGAUGCAGUUAUUAAUGCCAUAGAGGCGAUGCAUUCCUGUCGCUGCUGCCUGCGGCGCCCUCCGGACAAGGGCUUGAAGACUUUGUAUACUCAUGUUGGAAAAACUGAGAUAUAUUUGGAUAUGCUUCAAGAAUGCUUUAAUAUACGUGUUGCAAUGAGCAGUGACGACGAGAGUGGAAUCUGCGAGGCGUGCGUAGGGCGUCUGCGGGACGCAAGCGAGUUCAAGCAGCUAGUGCAGCGCAGCCAGGCCGAGCUGCAGCGGUUGCAGUUCAUUCAUUUUUUGGAUGAGAAACCCACAAUCAAGUCUGAGGGUGUGGAAGGAAAUGCCACAAAUGAAGAUUUUACGCUACGCGAAGUGCACCCGGUCAAGUUGGAGGCCAAGAUGUCGGAGGGAGAAACGAUCAACAACGAAGAGUUGGUACAAGCACUGCCAUUGGCCAUCCCAACACCGGCCCCUGUUGAGUCAGAUGAUGCUUCUGACAACGCCUUGGACAAACUCGAGAAGCUGGCCGACUCGGCGGGCAUCACGGAGUCAGCUGCUUCCGCCAUCGCCAGGAAACAGAUAGAAAAGCUGGUCCAUCUACCCCCCGCCCCACCCUUAGACGCUGCACCCAGUGGGCCAGUGCCGCGCACUAGGGGACCCCCCAAACCCGUCUCCUGCGAUAUAUGCAAGAAGAAAUUCCAAUAUAAAAGCCUCCUCGUCAAACAUAUGCCCCGCCACACUGGGGUGAAACCGUACGCCUGCGAAGUAUGCAACAAACAAUAUUCGCUUAAAUCCGUCUUAAAGAAUCAUUUGAAAAGUCACACGGACAAGUUCUCCUGCAAGAUAUGCCAAAAAGAAUUCGCUUACAGACACAACUUAAAAUCCCACAUGCGUGUACAUACAGGUGAAAAACCGUUUUCAUGUGAAGUAUGCAAUAAAGAAUUCUCAAAAAAACUCACUUUAAAAACGCAUUUGUCGAGUUCCGGUCACUUACUUCCAAUAUGCUGCAAAAUAUGCAAAAAGAGAUUUGCAAAUGAAAUUGGAUUAAAUGAACACAUUAUAAGCUUGCACGGAAUUAAAGAAACAAAACAACUGCACACAAAAAAACGACAUAUAAAACGGCAACAAACAAAUGAAACUCAAGCAAAUGACCCACAAACAAAGCAACAAUCCAAAGCAGUAAAUCCUUCAGACAAAUUAUUCUGUUGCGAAAUAUGUGGAAAGCAAUAUAGACUUAAGAAAUUAUUUGUUUCCCAUAUGAACAGUCACAUGGGAGUGAAACUAGAGUACUGUAAUUUGUGUGACAAACCAUUUGCAGACAAAAACACUUUGAGAGGCCACAUGCUAAUACACACGGGAGAGAAGCCUUAUCCCUGUGAGAUUUGUCAUAGGCGAUUCAGACAGAGCUCAGCUUUACAAGAUCACAUAAUGAUACACAAAGGAAUUAAACCAUAUUCCUGCGAAGUGUGUAAUAAGGAAUUUAGACAUAAAUCUGCUUUAAAAGUUCACAGCCACCGACAUACAGGCCAGAAAGCGCAUUCUUGUGAUGUAUGCAAAAAGGAAUUUAUAGUUUUGGCUGCGUUGAAAAUGCAUUAUCGUGUUCAUACUGGCGAGAAACCGUACGUCUGUAGAGUUUGCAAUAAGCAAUUUCGCCUUCCUAGCACAGUCCGGAGGCAUCUGAGGCGCGUCCACAGUGAGUCACCUUCGAGAUACGUCGUAACACGGAGUAACAAAUGUGAUAUAGUACUGUAACAAAUGUGAUAUAUAGUACUGUCUAUUUCCAUUUUGACAAAAAUUCUCAUUGAUCCUCUAAAAUGUAUUUAUUUGUAAUUUGUAUUAGUUAAGGGUUAGUAAGAGGUAUAUAUAUAUAUAAUUCAGUCUAUAUACGUCCCACUACUGAGCACAGGCCUCCAGACUCAUGCGCGAGAGGGCUUGGGCUAUAGUCCCCACGUUAGCCCAAUGCUGAUUGGGUACUACACAUACACCUUUUAAUUUCUUCGCAGAUGUAUGCAGGUUUCUUCACGAUGUUUUCCUUCACCAUAAGUCUCAUUGGUACGAGCCAGGACAUGAACCCGCGACCUCCGGAUUGAAAGUCGGACGUCACAUCCACUCUGCCACCACCGCCUAUAAAUUUAUACAUAUUUUACUGUAACUGACCUAAAACAACUUGUUUCCAGUUGCAACCCCAAUUCUUUAUUAGACAUAGAGUUAGA